GUUAUUGACACGUAGGAUGUUGGUGAGAGUCAAGUACAAAAUGGAACAGAAGUAUGUCAAGAUCACCAAUGUGACGUUACAAAAUUUUCUGAAGUUAGGUAUGAUUUUUAAAUUAUUUAUUUAUUCAGUAUAAGAAAGAAUGUUCAACCAGGUUGAUUUAUAUGCUGCCACUCAAAGGAUAAACAAUAUCCUUAGAUCAGUGGUUCUCAAUCCUCAGAAUAGUCUAAUGCAACACUUCUGAAUGGUGCAGAAGUGUAGACGAUGUGGGAAUCUUUAAUGACUGGUUUGAGAACCGCUACUGAUAAUUUGUAUAAUGGGGUUUUUUGUGGGAUAGAUUUUUCCAAGUUCAACAUAAAGGAAGAUCUCCAGAAGAACCUCAAAGUUUAUGAUGAGUCUGGAACAGUAAUUGAAGAUGAUGUUUUUGAGGAUUUGCUAAAGGAUUCAAAUUGUGGCAUAUUAAAGCCGGUGGCAAAAAUACGUACGUUUCUUUUCCUUUUUCUCACUGCUCUCCCACUUUACGGUCCCAUACCCCUUCGCACAUUUGACCACCUGCUGGAUAACCGUUGGACUUUGAUGCCUACAUACACAUCUGCAUAUUGAUAUGAGAAAUGAUAAAUUAUUAUUAAAAUGUUGUUUCUGGCUGCCAGGGUUCAUUAGUCUUUAAAGGUUUGUGCUGUCUUUCUGACACUGUGUGUGAGGUAAUUUUGUCUGAUCUGUCAUCGCUGCUCUGAAGAUAUGUUUUUUGAGCAAUCUCAUAUCAUGAUAUUGAUAAAUAUUUAUUGUGCAGCCCUACUAACAACAUUGCAUUAGAUUAAAACUCAGUAUUCAGACAUCCGCUCAGUGUAUCAGGAUUUUUUUCCAAGCUGCAGAGAAGUAUCUGUGUAAUUGUGCAACUAGCUAAGGGAAUAAAAUGAAGAUUACAUGAAGUGUAAAUGUUACUGUAAAACCAUAUAGGAUUUAAUGUCUUUUUCUUGUUAAAGCUAAUUUUACUUAUGUUCUGUACAAAGUUUUAAUGAUAUGUUCUGUCACCAGAGGUCUCUCCAGAUGAAUCAUUCAACUCUGCUGAUCUGUCAUCUUGUGAUUCUGAUGACACAGUCAUCCUGCCUCCAAAUAAACGUCAGAGAGAAGAUUGCGAAGCUGAACACCUAAGUAUUUUAAUCUGGAUUCAAAGAAGUGCUUAAUGUACUGAGAGAGGUCCACAUGUUUCUUCCAUUUGAUGUAGUGUCCUGUAUAAAAAUUGGAUAACAUUUUUGAGAGAAACUCCUUUCUACUUCCUAGAUAUGAUUUAAAUGCAAAGAUUUUCACCAGUCUGAAUGAAUUCAGAUUGUGCUGUGGAUUGUACAUUAGAUUUAAGGGUGAGGUGUUUAUAUGCUUUACUGACAAAUCUGAUGUAAACAAAGUGCAAAUAUACAAGAACAGAAUGUACUUAAUCUUUCCAAUGUAAAAUGCAAUCAAAUCCAGACUUAUUUUUCUAUUUAUUUACAUGGUUACCUAGCUGGUUCAGUCAGAUAGAAGCUGUCUUCAGAAUGGUCACAGACUAGUGUUUUGUGAUUGGUGUAUUCUAUUCUAUCUGGCUAUUGGCCAGAAUAUGAAAGGAUUACCAGGCUGCAGGAAAAAAUGGCUGUUUAUAUACAUAUCAUUGUACCUGUACUUUAAAGAUUACCUGUUACAAAUCGGUUUCUGUGUGAUUUGAGAUUUAUUGAUUAUGCUAGUUAAAUGCAUUUUUAAAUAUGAUUUAAUGUUGACAGUUUGUGUGACAUUUUACAGAUGUAAUUUGCUUAAAUUUUGCUUCAUUUGUAGGUGAUUGAAAACAUACUUUUGAAGAAAUCUGGAGGGGAUAGGGUAAUUAAAGAAUACACACAAACCAAGACGUUGACUGACACAACCAGAAGACAAGUGGUCAACAUAUUGACUCCAGAAAUGACCGAGACUCAUGAAUAGGCUGUUCUUAUGGAUUUUAUUUGGACAUUGCCACCAAGACACGUGAGAGAGCUCUAUGCCAAGGGAAUUAUUUCUCUGUUCCUAUACUUAAAGGACCCUUAUUCCAAGAAUUGCUAUGAGCCUUACUAUGCCUCAGAAAGUGGAUCUGGUUACUUGGCUCGGUGUCUCAAGACAAUCCAAAGAAAAGCAUCCGCUGAGAACGCAAAACCAUCAAGCAGUUCAUGUUUGGGACUUCAAAACGACCACCUUCACUCAAAGUAGACUCACAACUGAAUGAAGAUCAUAUCAGAGAGGCAGUAUCUCUGAUGAAGCCCUAGUCAAACAGAAGAUGAGACUCAUGUUCAGCUACCGCCAGAAGAUUGUCCAUGACCCAGCAAUACCAGGAAUACCUACCAGGGCCCGACUUUGUGUUGCUGUUUGGUGAGAGUACUUCUGCAAAGUUCCUUGAGAAAUGGCCAACCGCAUUCAAAGAUAAAGUCAUCCAUCAGAGCAAAGGUCUGUGUCAUUCAUAUGAAGUUCAAGAACUGAUUGAAGCUACAGAGUUGACUGUGGAAGAAAACCAGGAUGAAGUGGAUUUGUUAGGAUUGGACAGCAACCUUUCUUCACUCAUUACUGCUGCUUCAUUUACACCCACCUUCUGCACAAGGCUGCAAAAACCCAGGCAAGAUGUCUGUGACCCAGGCCACAGGGCAGGAACCAGCAUUCAGGAACAUCUCGACUCCAUUGAAGAAAGACGUCAGCCCUACCUUCUUGCAGUUGGUACAGCAAGAAGUCACAUUCAUGCAUUCUACAUUGUAGUGGACAAGGUGGCAACCCCCUUGGGGUAUCAGCUUGGUGCCUAUGCUAACUUGGUGCCUGGACCAGUGCAGAGCUUGUCGCUUAAAGGAGUGGUGGGGGAGCUGAAGGCUUUGAGGGAAAUGGCACAACAGGUGCCUGAUCUCUUGUGCCUUUACUUGGACCUGUGCUGACAUGAAAGGCAAAGCUUUAUUGCCUUAUUUUCCCUAAGCUUCAGAGCCUGAAAAUGAGGUCAGAGCUUCAUCUUCAGUAAUAGAAUUCAAAGCUGUCUUGUAUGUUAUAUAAUUGUUGCAUCUUUUUAUGCUUUUGUUCUUUUAGACACCACAAUGUUCCUGAAACAGAGUUUCUUCAGGCUGCACAGAUGUCCCAUCUAAAGCGCAUAAUGGUUUUAGAUGCUCACAAUUUGAGCCCCAAUUCAGCUCUAAUGGAUCUGGCUCACAUACUGCACAUCCAGACUAACAAUAGAGUCCAUGUGAUUCAUUCCUCAGAACGAAGGAUUGAAAUGUUUGCUUUUGUGCAUAAUCACUAAUGAAAUUGGGCCUGUACUGCCCUGUAACUUGGACAAUGAAUUCUUAAUUAUUCACUGA